ACAAUCCAUGUCGCGAUGACCCUAGAUGGGAACUACCUACGGGGCACAAUGGCUGCGGUACUCUCCAUCCUACAGCACUCAAUGUGCCCGGAGAACCUUGAGUUCCACUUCCUCGAGGCGAGGACUGAGCCAAAGAUUUCCUCCAACAUACGAUCCACCUUCCCUUAUCUGAACUUCACUGUCUACCCUUUCGACUCCAACCGGGUGCGGGGGAAAAUAUCCAGGUCUAUCAGGCAAGCGCUAGACCAGCCUUUGAAUUACGCGCGGAUUUACCUAGUUGAUCUCAUACCGACCAAAGUGAAGCGUGUGAUAUAUCUAGACUCUGACCUCAUCGUGGUCGAUGACAUAGCCAAGCUUUGGGAAGUUCAGCUAAAGGGCAAGGUUUUGGCUGCGCCGGAGUAUUGCCACGUGAACUUCACGAUGUACUUCACAGACCUCUUCUGGUUGGACCGGAGCCUAACCCAAACAUUCGAGGGACGGAGGCCAUGCUAUUUUAACACAGGGGUGAUGGUUGUGGACGUUGAAAAAUGGAGGCAAGGAGGAUACACUCAGAAGGUGGAGGAAUGGAUGGGAGUGCAAAAGCAGAAGAGGAUUUACCAUUUGGGCUCUUUACCACCGUUUUUGCUAGUUUUAGCAGGGAACAUAAAAGCGGUAGACCAUCGAUGGAACCAACAUGGUUUAGGCGGUGACAAUAUCAAAGGAAAAUGUAGGAGUCUCCACCCGGGGCCGAUCAGCCUGCUCCAUUGGAGCGGAAAGGGCAAGCCCUGGCUGAGGUUAGAUUCGAGAAGGCCAUGCAUCGUGGAUCACCUCUGGGCACCAUAUGAUCUGUACCGGUCACCGAAACAUUUUCUAGAGGAAUGA